CGUGUUUGCGCGUGUGUGCGCGCGCGUGUGUGUGUGUGUGUGUGUGUGUGUGUGUGGACAGACAGACAGACAUGAAAGUGUUGUGGCCUCUGAUUGGUGGGCAGACAGGAAGCAGGAAGCAUGAAGUAAAAAAGCAAGAGAGACAAGAUGAUGUCUCACACUUGGAGACUGCAAGGAGAAGAAGGAGGACAAGAAGAAGGAGGACAAGAAGAAGAAGAAGAAGGAUAAGAUGGCUGCAACACUGCGGGGGGAAGAGUUCCGUCUGGGCAGCCCGCCUCUCAGCCUGCUGGCAGCCACCUGCAGCCGGAUAGGAGAGUCCAGUCCCCCCGCUGCUCCUCCCGCGCUCUCCCGGGGCUUCCACCCGUGGAAGGGGAGCGUGUUCCCGGUCACCUCCUCCACGAACAACGCGGUAAGUUUUUGCGCGGAGUCUUCCAGCGACUUCUCGGCCACCAGCACCUCCGACUUGGCCGCCUUCCACAAGUGUGUCCCGGGGGAGGACACCCAGCCUUCCGCCUUCCACAAGUGUGUCCCGGGGGAGGACACCCAGCCUUCCGCCUUCCACAAGUGUGUCCCGGGGGAGGACACCCAGCCUGCCGCCUUCCACAAGUGUGUCCCGGGGGAGGACGCCCAGCCUGCCGCCUUCCACAAGUGUGUCCCGGGGGAGGACACCCAGCCUGCCGCCUUCCACAAGUGUGUCCCGGGGGAGGACACCCAGCCUGCCGCCUUCCACAAGUGUGUCCCGGGGGAGGACACCCAGCCUGCCGCCUUCCACAAGUGUGUCCCGGGGGAGGACACCCAGCCUGCCGCCUUCCACAAGUGUGUCCCGGGGGAGGACACCCAGCCUGCUGCCUUCCACAAGUGUGUCCCGGGGGAGGACACCCAGCCUGCCGCCUUCCACAAGUGUGUCCCGGGGGAGGACACCCAGCCUGCCGCCUUCCACAAGUGUGUCCCGGGGGAGGACGCCCAGCCUUCCGCCUUCCACAAGUGUGUCCCGGGGGAGGACACCCAGCCUUCCGCCUUCCACAAGUGUGUCCCGGGGGAGGACGCCCAGCCUUCCGCCUUCCACAAGUGUGUCCCGGGGGAGGACACCCAGCCUGCCGCCUUCCACAAGUGUGUCCCGGGGGAGGACACCCAGCCUUCCGCCUUCCACAAGUGUGUCCCGGGGGAGGACACCCAGCCUGCCGCCUUCCACAAGUGUGUCCCGGGGGAGGACACCCAGCCUGCCGCCUUCCACAAGUGUGUCCCGGGGGAGGACACCCAGCCUGCCGCCUUCCACAAGUGUGUCCCGGGGGAGGACACCCAGCCUGCCGCCUUCCACAAGUGUGUCCCGGGGGAGGACACCCAGCCUUCCGCCUUCCACAAGUGUGUCCCGGGGGAGGACGCCCAGCCUGCCGCGUCCUACCCGCGCCUGCACCCCUAUGAGUCCUGGCUGAAGGCCGCGUCAGAAUCCUGCUGGGACUUCCAGAGCCGAGCGGAGGCCGGCACUCAGCAGCACGUGGCCCCGCUGCAGCACCUGUUUGACGGCUUCCGGCCGCCCGCCCCCGCGGACUGCAACAGCACCGGGGGGGCCGUCCUCCCGCAGCCGGCGUCCUCCCGCUCCUCGGCGCGCCGCUACGGCGGCAGAAGCAGCUGCGACUGCCCCAACUGCCAGGAGGCGGCGGCGGGAGGAGGAGGCGCGCAGGCCGGGGCGCUGCACAGCUGCCACGUGCCGGGCUGCGGGAAGGUGUACGGCAAGACGUCGCACCUGAGGGCGCACCUGCGCUGGCACACCGGCGAGCGGCCCUUCGUCUGCAACUGGCUCUUCUGCGGAAAACGCUUCAUGCGCUCCGACGAGCUCCAGCGGCACCUGCGCACGCACACCGGGGAGAAGCGCUUCGAGUGCGGCGUCUGUCACAAGCGCUUCAUGCGCUCCGACCACCUGGGCAAGCACGCGCAGACGCACGGGCACGAGGCGGCGGGGGGACCCGGCAAGGGCGGCAGCCACACGGACAUCAGCGCGGCGGGGAGCCCCACGACGUCCCCGGAGACGCAGGCCGCCGUCCACACUCGCCAGGUGACAUAAACCACCUCCUUUUUCUCCAAGACAUGAACACACUUACCUGGCCUCGAACUGCAGACUUCCGCUGCAACAAACACCACUUUCACCUUUUUGACUUCUUUACGCAACAUAUUCUUGCUCAUCUCCAGUGGUUAAUAAAACUUCUCUAAUAUACACAACUCUUACUUACUUACUUACUUAGUGAUUUGACUGCUUUUGUGGAAAAAAAACAAAACAAGGCCAUUGUAUUUGAAUCCAUAUUUUCAUGUAAAAUCAUCCCUAACAUUUAAAAAUAAC